CACACAACACACGGCCACACUGCACAACAGACAAAAAAAGGAGGGGGGCGAAAUAACCCUGAAAAAUCAAAACAUUCCAAUAAAAUUCGCCAGGAGCAGCGCAGCGAGCACACAGGACGCCACAGGAUCAGGACCAGGACCCCAACGACGACCAAGAUGAAUGGACUGCCGCCCAGCAAGCACUAUAACCUGACGCACUACCAGCAGCGCUACAACUGGGACUGCGGCCUUUCCUGCAUCAUCAUGAUCCUAUCUGCGCAGCAAAGGGAAGAGCUCCUGGACAACUUCGAGGCAGUCUGCGGCGAGGAGGGCUUCGGAUCCAGUACCUGGACCAUCGACCUGUGCUACCUACUGCUGCGCUACCAGGUGCGCCACGAGUACUUCACCCAAACACUGGGCAUCGAUCCCAACUACGCCCAGCACACCUACUACUCCAAGAUCAUUGACAAGGAUGAACGUCGAGUGACGCGCAAGUUCAAGGACGCCCGGGCCCAUGGCCUGCGCGUGGAGCAGCGCACGGUGGAAAUGGAGGUCAUCCUGCGCCAUUUGGCCCGCCACGGACCCGUCAUCUUGCUAACCAACGCCUCGCUGCUCACCUGCGAAGUGUGCAAGCGCAAUGUCCUGGAGAAGUUCGGCUGUUUUUAUAUACCUUGCAUCGUUCGAAAUACACGCCUACGUGGAUCCAAAAGGUAUGCCGGACACUAUGUGGUGCUCUGUGGCUACGACAUGGCUGCUCAGAAGCUUUUCUACCACAAUCCCGAGGUCCACGAUGGCCACAUUUGUCGGUGCCUCAUCGAGUCCAUGGACACUGCCCGUCGCGCCUACGGCACGGACGAGGACAUCAUCUUCAUCUACGAGAAAAAAGUCACCAGGGAGUGAACAGAUGACCACGCCUGAACUGGAUUAGGAAAAGGAACAGCAGUACCUGCAGUUGCCCAGGUUGCCAGCGGCUGAAAUAGAAAGAGCAUUGGAAUCUGCGCUUGUGAUAUUAGGACUUUAGGGGAGCAGUCUGGGGACUUAGAAGGGGAAGGCUUAGAGAAAGAGCUGCUUGGUUAACUUUGGCACAACAGUGUACUUUAUUAAGGUAUUGAUAGCAGUUGGUCCCCAUAAAAAACAACAACAAUUACACACACGUUAACGUAAACUAGCCAGGCUACAGGCUGUCUACAUUAUAGACAUUAUAUAUUAUAAACUGUCAGCGGAAAGUGAUCUAAGGCUUUUUUUUUGACUAGGACAGUGGCGUAGCCAGGACUUGUUUGAGUAGGGUUUACGGACUAGGUAUUGUCUAACAUGCUUUUUAACAUAGGAUUUUAAGUAAAAAGGGGUAGGGGGUUAGCCCCAAAGACCCCCUGGCUACGCCCCUGACAGAGCUUCCUAUGAUGGGAAAACAGCCCUUGGAAAGUCGAAACUGAAAUACUCAGGGGUGCCACAGAAGUCACAUCAGCGCUAAGUCUGCGAUUUCUGUGGCCCACUUAUAAAAAGUAGUCUUAGGGACUAACAGUCCCUAGUCCUUAGCUUACUUUCCGUUUGCCGACCCGAACUAAUUUCUAUAUUUGUUUGACGAAUACAUUCCAAUAAAAAGAUUAUUGUUCCAA